CUACUGAGCAAGGAAGAAACGAAGGGAAGAGGAGAUCGACAUUUCUGUGCCUUUGUCUUCUUGGAUGAGGCUUUUAAAGGAUUAAACCAGGAGUUUGUAACGAGUUGUGCAAACUUCCUGCUGCGAAGUUAAGGCCCUUGUUAGAAACCACUGAACAGAUAGAGCACUGUUUUCAAAAGCUGGGAAGUGUGGAGACUACCCCUUUCACACGUCUCUUGGAAAGGCGGCUUGGAAAGGCGGCGUGGGCCAAGGCGGAGGUUAGAACUGCUUCCUCUGCUUGGGCGCCGUUCACAGGGGGAUCUGUGAGAGUUAAGGGCCGCUGGCUUUUAGCCUGGGCCUCCAAAACUGCACCCCACCCCAAGGGUUUCUGCAGGGGCCUCAAAAGUCCUGAAUUAAUAAGGACUUGGAGAAGAGGGAGGGAGAGAUUGAGCUUUGGGGGACUUUGAUGCCACAGCUGCCAUCAACUUUUCUGGGUGUCCCAGGGAGGCAGGAAGUCCCUUCCUUGAGCAUGUCCUCUCCUUAAGUGGGGGGACCUUGGCCCAGUGAGCUCCUUCCCUGUUGCUAAGUCCCUGCUGGGAAAUGGGACUGCUUUUGGCCUCUCAGACUCACAGCCCUGAUGAAUGCCGAUUCUACCAGGUGGAAGCUUGACUAUUUUCAACGAAUGAAUUCACUGGCCCUUGUCCCCGUCCCCUAUUUGGGUCAUGGCGUUUGCCUUUAAUGAAUGAAAUCUAGGGUCUGAAGAGAACUUGAACAAAUAUUUCCUGGCAGUUCUGAGCAGCACCAGGUAGGGUGGGGCAGCACAAGUUAUCCAAUGAAAUCCUCAGACGCCGGCUGCUCCGGGUCUGUGCCCUGCUUUAGUCUCGCUCCAGCAGUACACAAAGGGAGUCUGGGUUUUUUGUUGUUUUUUGUUUUUGUUUCUUUUGCGCUUUUUGCCAAAGUCCACACACUACAUAAUGGCACGAGCUCUCCAAACCUGGCUUCAUCCACCAAGGCUCAAGGAUAGAAUGGGCAGACAUGCUCUUAACAAGCACAGUAUGCCUCCAAGUAGCAAAACUCCAUACGGCCCUUUCUGGGUGGGUUGUUUUCAUGUUUUGUUUUUUGUUUCUGUUUUUAUUUUGUUGGUUUUUUUUUUUGUUUGUUUUGGUUUUGGUUUGGUUUAUUUGCUUCUGUAAAUCCAUCAAGCACAUCUUUUUUCCUUUGCCUCUUGAGAGCAUUCAUCAGUUAUCCGUAUCGGAAUGCAAGCUCCUUGAGAGCAAGAACCAGACAACAGGCAGGCAUUUUAUUUAUACAAAGCCCCUACGUGACCAUGCAUGUGUGUAAGUACUUGAUAACCCUGGACACGCCCUGAAUACAGAUGGUGGGGCACCGGACUUCUCUUCACCACUUCCUCCCUCUCCCCACCCUGCCUCGUGGGCAGCCACUGAACCACUGGCUCCUGUUGGUCUGUGUGACAGGGGGAAGGAGAGCAUCAGCCCCCAGGAAGACCUGGCCACCCAGCCUUUCCCUGCUGGCUCCCUGAACUCUGUCCCCCCUCUCCCCGCCCAGGCUCUGCCAUUUUACUUUCCCUCUUCUUCGAGGCCCAGGGAACAUAUUAGUCAUCAGACAAAAAGCAAGACAAGCUGUUCAAGUUUUAGGAUAGUUUACUUAGAAAAGUCUGGAAAGUAAAAGCCCAAUGAGAAAGAGAGUUGACCCUGCAGAGGACCUGGCAAGCAGGACCUCUGGAAAGAGCUGGAAGGAAUGAGUGAGAGAAGGCAGCCCAGCUUGGAAAUAUUCCGACCCUUGCGAAGACCAGCACCAUGUCUCUGAGCAGCGCCUUCAGGGCCGUGGGCAACGAGCCUGGGAUCAUCACCUGGCGGAUCGAGAAACUGGAGCUGGCGCUGGUGCCCCUGAGUGCCCAUGGCAACUUCUAUGAGGGGGACUGCUACGUCAUCCUCUCGACACGAAGAGUGGGCAGCCUCCUCUCCCAGGACAUCCACUUCUGGAUCGGGAAGGACUCCUCCCAGGAUGAGCAGAGCUGCGCGGCCAUCUACACUACACAGCUGGACGACUACCUGGGAGGCAGCCCCGUGCAGCACCGAGAGGUCCAGUACCAUGAGUCUGACACCUUCCACGGCUACUUCAAGCAGGGCAUCGUCUACAAGAAGGGGGGUGUGGCCUCCGGGAUGAAGCAUGUGGAGACCAACACCUAUGACGUGAAGCGGCUGCUACACGUGAAGGGGAAAAGAAACAUCAGAGCCACCGAGGUGGAAAUGAGCUGGGACAGUUUUAACCAAGGUGAUGUCUUCUUGCUGGACCUUGGGAAGGUCAUCAUCCAAUGGAAUGGCCCAGAGAGCAACAGUGGAGAGCGCCUGAAGGCUAUGCUUCUGGCAAAGGAUAUUCGGGACAGAGAACGAGGGGGCCGUGCUGAAAUAGGUGUGAUCGAGGGAGACAAGGAGGCAGCGAGUCCGGAGCUGAUGAAGGUCCUUCAGGACACCCUCGGCCAACGCUCCGUUAUCAAGCCUGCAGUCCCCGAUGAGAUCAUAGAUCAGCAGCAGAAAUCAAACAUCAUGUUGUAUCAUGUCUCAGACUCAGCUGGGCAGCUGGCGGUCACAGAGGUAGCAACAAGACCACUGGUCCAGGACUUACUGAACCAUGAUGACUGCUACAUCUUAGACCAAAGUGGGACCAAGAUCUACGUGUGGAAAGGAAGAGGGGCCACAAAGAUUGAGAAACAGACAGCCAUGUCUAAAGCCCUGAGCUUCAUCCAGAUGAAGGGCUACCCCAGCAGCACCAACGUGGAGACCGUCAACGACGGUGCCGAGUCGGCCAUGUUUAAGCAGUUGUUCCAGAAGUGGUCAGUGAAGGACCAGACCACCGGCCUGGGGAAAACAUUUGGCAUUGGCAAAAUCGCUAAAGUUUUCCAGGAGAAAUUUGAUGUGACCCUGCUGCACGCCAAGCCGGAGGUGGCUGCCCAGGAAAGAAUGGUCGAUGAUGGCAAUGGAAAAGUUGAGGUCUGGAGAAUUGAAAACCUGGAGCUGGUCCCUGUGGAGCAUCAGUGGUAUGGCUUCUUUUAUGGGGGAGACUGCUAUCUGGUCCUCUACACGUACGAGGUGAAUGGGAAGCCACAUUACGUCUUGUACAUCUGGCAGGGCCGCCACGCCUCAAAGGAUGAGCUGGCAGCCUCAGCAUACCAGGCCGUGGAGGUGGAUCAGGAGUUUGCUGGGGCCCCUGUGCAGGUUCGAGUUACCAUGGGGAAGGAGCCACGCCACUUCAUGGCCAUCUUCAAAGGGAAGCUCGUUAUCUUUGAGGGUGGGACUUCCAGAAAGGGAAACGCUGAGCCCGACCCUCCAGUGAGGCUCUUCCAGAUUCAAGGAAAUGACAAAUCCAACACCAAAGCAGUGGAGGUUCCAGCCUUGGCCUCCUCCCUAAACUCCAAUGAUGUCUUUCUGCUGCGGGCCCAAGCAGAACACUACCUGUGGUACGGCAAGGGGUCUAGUGGGGAUGAGCGGGCAAUGGCCAAGGAGCUGGCCGGCCUUCUCUGCGAGGGCACCGAGGACACUGUGGCCGAGGGCCAGGAGCCGGCUGAGUUCUGGGACCUGCUGGGAGGCAAGACUGCCUACGCCAAUGACAAAAGACUACAGCAGGAAAUCCUAGACGCGCAGCCCCGUCUCUUUGAGUGUUCCAAUAAGACAGGGCGGUUCGUUGUCACUGAGAUCACAGACUUCACCCAGGAUGACCUGAACCCAGGUGAUGUGAUGCUCCUGGAUACCUGGGACCAGGUAUUCUUGUGGAUCGGGGCUGAGGCCAAUGCCACAGAGAGGGAGAGAGCCCUCACGAUGGCCGCGGAGUACCUGCACACUCACCCCAGUGGCCGAGACGCUGACACACCGAUCCUGAUCAUUAAACAGGGGUUUGAGCCUCCCACCUUCACAGGAUGGUUCUUGGCCUGGGACUCGCAUAUGUGGAGUGCAGGGAAAUCGUAUGAACAGUUAAAAGAAGAGCUGGGAGACACUGCUGCUAUCACAAGAAUCACCGCGGACAUGAGGAAUGCAACCCUCUCCCUGAAUUCUGAGCCAAAAUACUACCCUAUAGAAGUUCUGUUGAAAAAUCAAAAUCAGGAGCUGCCCGAGGAUGUGAACCCUGCCAAAAAGGAGAAUUACCUCUCUGAACAGGACUUUAUUUCUGUGUUUGGCAUCACAAGAGGGCAAUUUGCUGCUCUGCCUGGCUGGAAGCAGCUCCAAAUGAAGAAAGAAAAGGGGCUUUUCUAAGGCAAGAAGCUAUAUGCCUACUGCAAGACCACAGAAGAGAGCAGAGCGUGCCAAUAUCAGGAAAAGAAUUUACCUGCCAAUUUUUGCCUAAUAGCCAGCUCCUUAAGUCAGAUGCAAAUCACAGCAUGUUCUCCAUUUUUCUCAUCCCUGCAUUCCUUGUUAUAUACCUAAAAUGUUAAAUACUCAGUUUUCAAUUUUUGUGGCCUUCCGGCGUCCCAGCAGAAAGCACUAAACCUGCAUCACGAAUCCACUGAAGUCAAAGUAAGAGAAAAAAAAAAAACGAAGUUUAAAGCGUUUAAUAAUGGGGCAAGGAUGCACAUUGGUUUUAAAUGUUAAGAUCAAGGGGCACCUGGGUGGCUCAGACGGUUAAGUUAAGCGUCAGAUUCUUGAUUUCAGCUCAGGUCAUGAUCUCAUAGUUUGUGAGCUGGAGCCCAAAGUCGGGCUCUGUGCUGACAGCGUGGAGCCUGCUUAGAAUUCUCUCUCUCCCUGUCUACCCCUUCCUCCCUCGCUUGUGGGUGCUCUAAUAAGUAAACUUUAAAAUAAAUAAAUUUUAAGAUCCAUGUUUCCGAAA